AUGAAUGUGAAUGAGCUCAAGUGUAGGUUGUCCAAGGCUGGGCAGGAUCACCUACUGCAGUCCUGGGAUGAGUUGGAAGAAGCCCAACAAGUGGAACUUUAUGAAGAGCUACAAGAUAUUAAUUUUGAAGAGUUGAACUGCUUUUUCCGAAAGGCAAUGGAAGGAUUUAAUCAGUCUUCUUCUCAGGAGAAGAUAGAUGCGCGGAUGGAGCCUGUACCUCGAGAAGUAUUGGGCAGUGCCACAAGGGACCAAGAGCAGAUCCAGCACUGGGAAGGGGAAGGACUUCUUCAGAUUUCCCAGAACAAAGUGGCAGUUCUGCUCCUGGCUGGUGGUCAAGGCACAAGACUUGGUGUGGCAUAUCCCAAAGGAAUGUAUGAUGUGGGUUUACCGUCACAUAAAACUCUCUUCCAGAUUCAAGCUGAGCGCAUUUUGAAACUACAGCAGCUAGUUGAAAAACAUCAUGGCACCCAAUGCAUCAUUCCUUGGUACAUUAUGACCAGUGGUAGGACAAUGGAAUCUACCAAGGAGUUCUUCUCUAAGCAUAAGUACUUUGGUUUAAAAGAAGAGAAUGUAAUAUUUUUUCAACAAGGAAUGCUACCUGCAAUGCAAUUUGAUGGGAAAAUUAUUCUGGAAGAGAAGAGCAAAGUUUCCAUGGCUCCAGAUGGGAAUGGUGGUCUUUACCGAGCUCUUGCAGCCCACGGCAUUGUAGAAGAUAUGGAAAAGAGGGGCAUUUGGGGUAUCCAUGUCUACUGUGUGGAUAAUAUCCUGGUGAAAGUGGCAGACCCUCGUUUCAUUGGAUUCUGCAUUCAGAAAGGAGCAGACUGUGGAGCUAAGGUUGUGGAGAAGACCAAUCCUACGGAACCUGUUGGGGUGGUGUGUAGAGUUGAUGGUAUCUACCAGGUGGUAGAAUAUAGUGAAAUCUCACUGGCCACAGCUCAGAAGCGAACCCCCGAUGGACGGUUGCUGUUCAAUGCAGGGAACAUUGCUAAUCAUUUCUUCACUGUGCCUUUCCUGAGAAGUGUGGUCAACACUUAUGAACCUCAGUUGAAGCAUCAUGUGGCUCAGAAGAAGAUUCCAUAUGUGGAUAACCAGGGGCAACUAAUUAAGCCAGACAAACCCAAUGGGAUAAAGAUGGAAAAAUUUGUCUUUGACAUCUUUCAGUUUGCUAAGAAAUUUGUGGUAUAUGAAGUAUUGCGGGAAGAUGAGUUCUCCCCCUUGAAGAAUGCAGAUAGUCAGAAUGGGAAGGACAACCCUACAACUGCACGGCAUGCUUUAAUGUCUUUGCAUCAUUGCUGGGUCCUCAAUGCUGGGGGCCACUUUAUAGAUGAAAAUGGGUCUCGCCUUCCUGCCAUUCCACUCCAUGCUACAAAUGGAAAGUCAGAGACCCUCACAGAUGAUGUCAAUCACAACUUGAAGGAUGCUAAUGAUCUACCCAUUCAGUGUGAAAUCUCACCUCUUGUCUCCUAUGCUGGCGAAGGCCUUGAAAGUUAUGUGGCGGAUCGAGAAUUCCAUGCACCUUUAAUCAUUGAUGAGAAUGGUGUCCAUGAGCUGGUGAAGAAUGGCAUAUGAGCUACGUGGCGGUGCACUAUGUCCACAGGAGUCACUUUCAGUUGUGAUGGGUCUGCUGCAAACAAGUGUAAAGGGCAGUCAUUGAGGGAUGAAGUUUGAGAAUCCAUCAGGUUAAAUGUUUUGCUUGCUGUACCUGCUGCAAAACUCUCUGGAGACCUUGAUGCCCAGACUAAGGAGCAAUGAUUUCCUUUUGACUCAUGGCUCAUUGAAGUUCUUAUUUAUAUUUUUUAUUGUAUAUUUUCUUCUCAUACAAAGAAAACAUUGGCUCUACAAGGAAAUUGCCUCCAGCUUAAACACCUUUGAAGGUGUUUCUUGCCAUCUUAUUCGGAAUUGAAGAACAUUUAUUUUUAAAGUUGUACAUAGUAAUAAACCAUUGUAUGUGAAUCA